ACUAAUUAGGCAGUGUGGCUGGUGUGACUGAUGUACUUGCUACACAACUAAGAUAGAACUCUUUAGUGACAGGAACCUGCACUACCAUUAUAUAAGGUAAACACAGGGAUAUGAAUGCCAUGAAGUCAGAAGUAAACAACAACAACUGUCCGAAUGAAUCGAAGGAACAGCUUCAUUUGCAUCAUAAGAUUAUAAGCAGACUUAAAUUCACGAGACAGAGAAGUCGAUCCAGCUCUGAUCUCGAGGUCAAUCAGCAACUACUGGUGCCCAAGCCAGCCUCAAAUGCUGUGAAGAGGCAUGGAUCCUUCACGGAGAGUGUGAAUCGCCUGGCCGUGAAACAUGACCGGUUUGUACGGAGGCUGUCUGACUCCUUCUAUUCUGUGAGGUGGGACAGCAGUAAAAUGAACAUCCCCCACCGUAUCCUCACCCCUGAUGACCCAGAUUCUAAGUCCUUGGGUAAGCCCCUGGAAAGUGACAGCAGCUGUGAGUUUGUCACACCACAGUCCUCUUUCGCUGAUGCAAUCAGCCAGGGCAGUGAGGAGUCGUUGGACAAACAGUCUAGCCUGCCUCACAUGAAAAGCUUUGAUGCAGUCGUCUUUGAUGUAUUGCGAGUUUCACCUGAUGAAUUUGCUAGCCAAAUCACAUUAAUGGAUUUACCUGUGUUCAAGUCGAUACUUCCAGAUGAAUUAACAUCAUGUGCAUGGACUACAAAAGAAAAACUCAUCAAGGCGCCAAAUGUUGUGGCAUUUACAAGGAGAUUUAACCAUGUGAAUUUCUGGGUCCAACGUGAAAUUCUAACCUGCCAGACAUUAAAAACUAGGUCAGAUGUAUUAGCCCAUUAUAUAAAAAUUGCAAAGAAACUUUUAGAUUUAAAUAAUUUACAUGCGGUGAUGGCGGUGCUGUCAGCACUACAAAGUGCAGCAAUAUUUAGACUGUCCAAGACGUGGAUGAUGUUGUCUCGGCGAGACAAGUCCACAUACGAGAAGAUUGCAGAUCUGUUUUCAGAGAACAGUAAUCGACAGAAACUACGAGACUAUAUGGACAAUGUUAAACACCCUUGUGUUCCUUAUCUAGGUCUAUACCUGACUGACCUGAUCUAUAUUGAUGUCGCUCACCCCCACUCUGGUGGUCUGGAGAGUCACCCGCGGCGCAUUCAGAUGAACAACAUCCUGCGUGUGAUUGCAGAUCUCCAACAGUCAUCAUAUGAUCACUUACCUGUGCUCGACCAUGUCCAGAACUACCUGCGGUCCGUGAGGUACAUCGAGGAGCUGCAGAAGUUUGUAGAGGAUGACAAUUACAAACUUUCUCUGAAGGUGGAGCCACCGAUGUCAACCCUGUCCACAUCCAAGGAGGAUGUACAGAUAAUGGUGGCACCUCCUUCCCCAGCAACAGAACCACGCCACAGUAAUCACUUGACUCCCAGUGCCACAGCUGCCACAACAAAACAAGUCCAGUGCCACAGGAAGACCAAAAGCUUAAGUGCCAACUUCAUGAGCAACGGGCAGCAGAAGCAGACAGCAGAAAAGACGUUCAGUCUGCCAUCCAAGACAACAGCACCGUACAUCCAGGGUAUUCGCCACCUACUGGACGACAGUGUACUGGAGGAAUCGCCGUGUGCGUCCAGCGACGGGUCGAUAUGCGGCAAGUUCUCCACCACUACCAUGCAUUUAAGAGAUGUUCCCAGAACUGAGGGAUCAGAAGUAUUUGACACAAAUUCUGGUGAUCAACCCGAGAUGUUCUGGCCGGCCAGAAAUCAUAUGACCUGGAGAGAGUCAGAAGACAUACAGGAAAAUUUCCAGCAGAGCUUUACUUGUGAAGGGUGCUUACGGAGGAAAACAAUUCUCAAAGAGGGAAAGAAACCUACAGUAACGUCGUGGACAAGGUACUGGGUGGCACUGUGGGGGACGUCACUACUCUAUUACCCAGCCAAGUCACUACGGGGCGGUGACCGUCAGUCUUUUAAAACCAAUCCCAGUAAGAUGACAUCUGUUGUUGGCUGGAUGGUGGUCAUGGGAGAUAAUCCACUACAACCAGAUGCAUUCCAGUUAACAGACCCAAUGAAAGGUAAUGUGUACAAGUUCCGAGGAGGCAGUCAGGCCCAGGCAUUAACAUGGUGUAGACAUCUCAGUGAGGCCACCAAACGCUUCCAACCAAAGACCCCUACAAACCUUAUGUCAUUUGAUUGAAGGCCCUCGUGCUUGGACUCGGAAAAGUCGCCAUAACUGUGAUAAACCCAGUGACCAUGAAAAAAGGUUGACCUUGACAUUCCCUAGCUCAAGGUCGUCUCAAACCAGUGUCUGCUGGCAGGGUACACAGACACGGGGAAAUCUCUGUUGGGGUUUCCCAAUAUUCAUAGCAGUCAGCUUGUGCUUAGUGGUUUCUGACCUAGAGCCAUUUGUGCCAAAUACAGAUGUUUUGUAGAGCAUCGACCGCAGCUUUGUUCAUGGUUACCAGCCUACUGGCUUCUCUGACCCCAGUGGAGGACAAGUGAUGGAUUCUCAGUGGAUUCUCAUGGGAAUCACAGUACUAGAUACUCUUCAAAUACUCCUUGAUACCCUCAUAUACCCUGUGGAUACUCAGUAGGCAGUCUGUUUACACCUGUGAUGUACGAUACUUUAUGGUUACUGUUUAGUUACUCAUGGAAACAGGGUGUAAAGUGGACUGAGAGAAGCUUGUUAUCUUUCGACUCGCUCACACGUGUUAACAGGGUCGUCAAUGAAGAAUACUUGAGAGAAGUUUGUUAACGUUUGACUCGCUCACACGUGUUUACAGGGUCAUUAAUGAAGAAUACUCAAGUCCCACUUGUCAUAAUAGAAACAAUGAACAAAAGCAAUGCAUUAUUUUUGUUUGAUGAAGAUAUGUUUUGAUGUGCCAGUAUAUGUAUUGUAUGCGUAGGUGAGCACCAUCACCUGACAUUCCUUGAUGAGCCUUCAGCUUGUUCUCUUCUGUAAUGUGAUAUUCAGGCUGCUUUAUAUGUUGUGUGCAAUUUUCAUUCUCGUAUAUUUUCCCCCCCUAUAUUUUCGUAACAAAUUAUGUGGUCAGUCCGUUUAUUUCAUGAUUGGCCCAAACUAUUCUAGUCCACUUGGUAACAGAAUGGGAUAUUUUGGUGUGUCGCGUGGGAAAAUGUUUCUGAUUAGUUAUACGAGGGUGGUGAACUGAUUAGUUAUACGAGGGUGGUGGGGACCAGUGCUUUAUUAGUGCUCGCUGUAAGAAAUAAAACCAUUAUUGCAAUGGUGACUAGUACAAAAAUAAAAUGAAAGGGUCUUCAAAUGUUUUGAAAAUUUAAGAUACUCUAUAUUCAGAUAAACAAGAAUUUGGAUGCUUAAUUUCACAAGACAUUUCAGGAAUGCCCAUGGAAAGGUAUUUAAGCUAUUUUUCUGUGCAAAGUUUUAAAAGGGAAGGAUAACACUGAUUUUUUAAAAAGCUUUCAAGAUUUAACAAUGAAAGAUCUUUUUUAACAUUAUUUUUAUAUGAUGGUUAGUAGUUUUAAAGAUGAAAUAGUUUUGUUGCAUUUGCAAAUAUUUAAGUCAUGCUGGGAGUGUCAGAACUCAUUGAAGUAAAACUUAAGGGUAAACUUUCAUAGUUGUUUAUGUAUCGAGAAAUGUCACCCACGCUUUCAGUACUCCUAGAACAUAGAUAAAACCAACACGUGGAGGAAAGCUGCAGUAGCUGUAAUAACAACUACCCUUGUUCAUCUGGGACCCAGUGGAAGGGAGAUAAUCACAAUUUUUUAUGAUAAAAUAAGUUUUAAGGAAUAUGUCUUUUUAACAGACAGGAAUGUGCAAUCAUUGGAUGUGUUGAUUUUUUUAGUCAUUCCAUGCAGGACACAGGCGCUAUCUGUAAUUCCUAGCUGUGUAUUCUGUUGUUCAAUAGACAGUACAGACCUAAUACCCCCGGUUAUGAUCUUAUAAUUAUGGUCAUGUAGGUAAAGUCAUGAAUGUUUGAUCUUUCUGUGAAAAAAAAAAAUACGGUUUAGAUAACCGUCAUUUUACCUCUUUGCUUUUAUUUCUCUUUUCAAUGCAGAGGGUUUGUCAUUUUUCAAAGAUUUUUGGAAACUUGAAAAAAAAAAUCCUACCACCAGGUAGUGCUUCAUACUGUAUGUAACUUGUUCUCAGACUAAAAAAAUGAAAUUAACCUAAAGUGAGUUCCUCAAUAACUGGGGGAGGUUUUUAGUCUAACUUUGUUGGAAUCUUCCUGUCUGCCAGUUUGGGGUACUCCGUAAGCCAGAGCCUGAUGGCUGUUGAGGUACUCAGUAAGCCAGAGCCUGAUGGCUGUUGAGGUACUCAGUAAGCCAGAGCCUGAUGGCUGUUGAGGUACUCAGUUAGCAAGAGCCUGAUGCCUGUUGAGGUAAUCUGUGUAAAGAUGGUCAUCCUGUGUCAGUUCAGUCCUCAACUAAGAGAUUGGCCAUCAUCAUAUAAUCAGUUUGGGCUCUAAAUGGCAGUCUCCUUUGUCUGUCUGAUUGAGGACACCCUGUCGGUCUGAUUGAGGUCUUCAAUGAAUAGUUGUACCAUUCUGUCUGUCAGGUUUUACGGCCGAUAUAGUCUUACCACAGGUACAUGCCACACACAAAAAAUAUUUGGUGUAUUGACAGACAAGGCAAGUGGCUGUGGAGGGUCUACUACAGGUCAGCGUAAAGUCUUUGUUGAAUAGCAGAGUCCUUCAAUCCAAUUGCACACCCAGUAAGAGAAGCUUAAGGGUAAAUUCCUUAAGUUUGUGACUUUCAGCAAUCAGAUUAGAAUUAGACUUGUAAUUUGUGUUCCUCUAUGUUCUAGUAUUGCAGUGUGUCCUAUAGAAUCAUAGAGGAGCAGAAAUCACAAGUAUAAUUUUACUUACAUUGUGACUUUGUUGUACCAGUUUUUACAGUGUAUUUGGGCUGUUUGUGUCUAAAUAUUAGCUCAGAAACAAAACAGUAGGACAGUAUUUUAUGAUAGAUCAUGUGGUCCAUGUCUUCAGAUUUUUAUGAUCAUGUAACUGUGACAUGCAUCACAACUGUGGUCUAAAUAUGUCUUCCAAUAGUUUCAUUAAUAUAUUUUUUGCCAUUCUUCAUUGUGCUGCAUUCAUUUAUAUUUGGUAAACUCGUAACAGUACUAGAUAUGUUAUAUUGCCGACAUGUAUGUGAUGUUGUAGUUUUAUAAUGCUUAUUAGAAUUAUUUUACUUAAGAUUGGAGACAUCAUUUAAACCAUGUUUCAAAUGCCAUCACAUUUCAAAUCCACAUGGUUCUUAAAGAAUCCUGGAUUUUAAGUGCAGAGAUUUCAGACAUGUGCCUUGAAAUAGAAUGUGUAUUGUCUUCCACACAUUUUAACCCAGCUACUUAUGAGAAGAAGAUUUUCUUUAUUAAAUUUGAUUAUAUACAAGCUUGUGUGUAGUCUAUAUACAUUUUACAGUCUCUGGCUGUAGUUACACUACAUCCAGAAAGCGUCCCAGUGAACACAAUAAGCUGCUGGCCAUGCGACACAAAAAGACAAACACUAAAAUUUGUGUAGAUGGAUAAAGGCAUUGUUGACAUGUUUUUUAUACAGGUUCAGAAAUAUAUAACACUGUAAUGCAUUAUUUAUGUUUUAAAGGUGUAAAAUGUAUCAAGAUGGGUUUUUUCUUGAGAUUAAUUUAAAAUGAAAUCCAACAACAAGUGUUUUUUCUUUUGAUUUGCAAUAUGUUAUUAUGUUACAUAUUUAUUGUCCAGUGUUGAGUUAGAUUGUACUCUGCAGAUUAAGUUCCAUAUUUCUGGGACUGUAUUGUCAUAGUGUCAAUGCAUAAACGAAUAGUACAUGUAAUUCCAUGAAGCUGUAGCACUGUUAGUUGGGCACUGCCAGCCACAGUACCCGUCACCAGCAAUAACAUACCUGUAACACUGAAUCUCCAGAGAAUUUUUCACUAAGGUACAACAAAUUGUGUCCUGUAUGUGGAGCAUCAUCCACUGCUGAAUAGAUCUAGAGCUCCGCAUUGUGCUUCGCUUUGUCUGGAGUUUUACGCUUGACCUUUACCACUAUAAUGUUCUUUAUUUGACUGCUGAACACCCCUUCCCCCGCCAUAUUCCAUGUAGAUUGACAUACAUCUAUCACAAAUUCUCUAGGGAGGUGGCAUGUAGGGUUUGAUGUCCAGGGGUGCUGUGAUAUAAAGAACAAAUUCUAAUGUACCUGAUUUGAGGCAUAUCUUGUUUUUUUCGACAUUACAAUGUUAAAUUUCCAGAGUUAAAAUUAAAGAAAAAAUUGAUUUCAUGAUGAAUUAGUGUAUCUCAGUUUUGGAAUUAUAUUGUGUGAGCUGUGGUUAUUACCAAAGGUUUAAUAUCACAUUUUUACUUACAAUGACUGCUCAGAAUUAAGUAACAGGUACACUAUGUGGUACAUGUAUUACACAUGCUUGAUGUACGUAUGUGAAAAGCUACACAUGUAUGUGAUGUGUUUUAAAAUUGUUACAAGAUGGAGAUCACACAUGCAGUGUUGCAUGUGAAUAGCUACACACUUGUAUUGCUACACACGAGCUGUGUUACACAUGUGUAUUGUUAAAUUGAAGUACAUGUGUGUAGUAUUACACGUGAGUAGUUUUACACACAUGUACUGAUACACAUGACAAGUACACAUUGAAGUGUUACAUGUCGUGUUCACCAGUAUGUCAUUUCUAUAGAUCGGUGAAAGGUCAGAGGGGGCAAAGGUUAUAGUGAUCAUUUCUAAGUGUGUCAAUCAGUGACGGAAUGUGUUGAUCAACGACACAAGUGGAUUUCACAUUCAUUAGCUACAUUUCUCAUUGAUAAUGUUCAUUUUAUAUCAAAUAAAACAUGAAAAAAAAUUCAAAAGAAAAAGUAAAUAAUACAUAAUAAAAUUUAAUUGGUAAAAAUA